CUAAAAGUGGUAAGCAAGUAUGGUCCAUGCACGGUGACUGGAGAUCCGAAAACAUUUCCCUCGGCAGCCGAAAUCCUCCGUCAAGACCAACUCCGAGUGAAAUCAAUUCGAGCUAAGCUUUCCAUGAACUCAAGCACUACUGGUGUUUUUAAUGAGAUGAAGACUACAGUUCCAACCACUCGCUUUGGAGGCGGAUAUGCUGUUACCGUGGGUCUUGGCACACCUAAAAAAGAUUUCUCGCUCUUAUUUGAUACUGGUAGUGACCUUACUUGGACCCAAUGCGAGCCAUGUUCAGGGGGUUGCUUUCCACAGAAUGAUGAGAAGUUCGAUCCUACCAAAUCAACCACGUACAAAAACCUUUCGUGUUCCACAGAACCGUGCAAGUCAAUUGGUAAAGAAAGCCCCCAGGGUUGCUCUUCCUCAAAUACAUGCCUUUAUGGCGUCAAAUACGGGACUGGUUACACUGUCGGAUUUCUUGCCACAGAAACGCUAACCAUUACACCCUCAGACGUGUUCGAGAACUUUGUGAUCGGCUGUGGUGAAAGGAAUGACGGCAGAUUCCAUGGUGCAGCGGGGUUGCUAGGACUGGGCCGUUCCCCUAUAGCCUUACCAUCACAAACUUCCUCAACAUACAAAAACCUCUUCUCUUAUUGCUUACCAGCAUCUUCAAGCUCGACUGGUCACCUCAGCUUCGGUGGUGGAGUCUCACAAGCUGCAAAAUUCACUCCAAUAACCACAAAAAUUCCGGAAUUGUACGGCCUAGACGUUUCUGGAAUUAGUGUUGGAGGUCGCAAACUACUAAUAGAUCCAUCAGUUUUUAGGACCUCUGGAACGAUAAUUGACUCUGGCACAACACUGACAUUUCUGCCAUCCACAGCACACUCUGCUCUCAGCUCGGCUUUUCAAGAAAUGAUGACAAACUAUACUUUGACAAAUGGAACAUCCGGUUUGCAACCAUGCUAUGAUUUCAGCAAGAAUGCCAAUGACAAUAUUCCAUUACCUCAGAUUAGUAUCUUCUUCGAAGGUGGGGUUGAAGUGGAUAUUGAUGAUUCGGGGAUCUUGAUCUCUGUGAAUGGUCUGGAAGAGAUGUGUUUAGCAUUCAUAGAUAAUGGUAAUGACAAAGAUUUAGCAAUUUUUGGAAAUCUUCAACAGAAGACAUACGAGGUGGUCUAUGAUGUUGCUAAGGGAAUGGUUGGAUUUGCUUCGAGUGGUUGUUAGCUCAAGUUAUUGAGAAAAGUGAAUCUAGAGCAAUUAGUCACUAUCUUUGUGGUUUGCAUUGUAAAGUGUCACCUAUGGCCUCUAUUUUUCCCAAAAUAUUGAAGGCAUCUUAUAUAACAUGUAUCCAUUGAGGCUAUUAUAUAUUCUCAACAAAUAGAUACUUAAUUAUACUUAGAGAAAGCAUUAAAAAAAGCUUUUAUU